GCAGCUCCGCCCUUCCAGCCGGCUCGCUCGGUGCCGUAGCCCCAGGCUUCCGGUUUCCCGGCAGCGCGUGCGGCCGCUGAAGGUGAGCGGGCCGUCAUGGCGUUCUCAGCGCCGGCGGCCUACCUGACUCAUCAGCAGAAGGUGUUGAGGCUUUAUAAGCGGGCGCUACGCCACCUCGAGUCGUGGUGCAUACACAGGGACAAAUACCGGUACUUUGCUUGUUUGAUGAGAGCCCGGUUUGAAGAACACAAGAAUGAAAAGGAUAUGAGGAAGGCCACCCAGCUGCUGAGGGAGGCAGAGGAAGAAUUCUGGUUCUCUCAGCAUCCACAGCCAUAUAUCUUCCCCGACUCUCCUGGGGGUACCUCAUAUGAGAGAUACGAGUGCUACAAGCUUCCAGAGUGGUGCUUAGAUCACUGGCAUCCUUCUGAGAAGGCAAUGUAUCCUGAUUACUUUGCCAAGAGAGAACAGUGGAAAAAGCUGCGGAGGGAAAGCUGGGAGCGAGAGGUUAAGCAGCUAGAGGAGGAAACCCCACCUGGUGGUCCUCUGACUGAAGCUUUGCCCCCUGCCAGAAAGGAAGGUGAUUUGCCCCCACUGUGGUGGCAUAUUGUGACCAGACCCAGGGAUCGGCCUGUGUAGAGAGAGAAAGAGAGACCUCACUGUUCAUGCUUGCAAGUGAAAUAAGUUACAGAACAUACACACACUUGCCCUAAUAAAAAUAACUGAAAUGA